AUUUUGCUCAAUCGGCAUCCUCAGAGAACCGCAAAUCGAUGAUCGGACCACUGAACACUUUCUAGGCUCUCUGAAGUUUUUUGAGUUCUCAAAAGGUUCCCAGAUUUUUUUAUUUAGAUCUUUCGUGAUAGACGUUAUCUCCCACGAUGCGGUACCUUGCAGCGUAUCUUUUAUGCACUCUGGGCGGCAAGACCAACCCUACCGCAGAAGAUAUCGAGAAGGUCUUAAGCAGUGUCGGAAUUGAUGCGGAUAAGCAGAGAAUAAAACUUGUACUGGAAAAGCUUAAAGGAAAGAAUGUGGAAGAAGUUAUUGCACAAGGUUCCAAGAAACUAGCAGCUCUUCCUGCCGCAGGACCAGCAGCCCCAGCGGCUGGUGCUACACCCACCGUCGUGAAAGACGACAAGCCUGCCGCUAAAGAAGAAGCCAAAAAGGAGGAGAAGAAGGGAAAAGACAAAGAAGAAGAAGAGGAUGACGACAUGGGAUUUGGACUAUUCGAUUAAUAAUACCUUAUUAUUUCAUAUGCGAUUCCGAACAUCUUUUGUUAAUCCAUCGAGUCCUCUGUUCUUUUGCUGGUGGUUAAAUAAACUUCGGAGAUGA